AUGACGAAUUCACGCUCCCCUCUGCUGCCUGACCGUCAUCCGCAAAAAGACCUGUUCGUGUGUGACAUCGUGGAUGCCGUCCCCAAGGGCGACAUGGCCUCGAUGGAACACCCGGUUUUCACCCUCUCGACAAAGCCGGACAUGAAGCCCCGGCGGUAUCAGAAUGGCGAGAACUUCAUUGAAGUGUCGCCGUCACGGUACGGGCUGGCCACGGUGCAUGACCGCGAUGUACUGAUUUACUGCAUCAGCCAGUGUAUGGCCGCGCUCAAUGAGGGGCGAACGGUUAGCCGGACGCUGCGGUUCAAGGCGCAUGACCUACUCGUGGCAACGAACCGGCAGGCGUCUGGUCAAGGCUACAAGCUGCUCAAGGACGCGCUCCGGCGUCUGCAAGGCACGCAGAUAGAGACGAACAUCCGCCAGGGCGGCAAGGAGUAUUUCAGAGUCUUCGGCCUCAUCGAGUCUGCGGAAAUCGUGCGUGAAACGCGCGACGGGCGGAUGCAGGAUGUAGAGAUUACCCUGUCCGAUUGGGUUUUCGACGCCAUAGAAAACAACCAUGUUCUGACGCUGAACAAGGAAUAUUUCUUCCUGCGUAAGCCUCUCGAACGGCGGCUCUACGAGCUGGCGCGAAAGCAUUGCGGCUCACAGCCAAAAUGGAAAUGCGGCAUCGAGCUCUUGCGCGACAAGUGUGGGUCGAGUUCGACCACGAAAGAAUUCCGCCGCCUGCUCGGCAAGAUUAUCGAGGACGAUGCGGCGCACGACCACAUGCCCGAUUACGUGAUGGGCAUCGAGGGGGACAAUGUCGUCUUCCGUCCCAAGGCGGCUGAGGCGGUCGUCGCCCUGCCUUUCCAGGCAUUGCGGUUCAAAAAGCUCGACACGCACGAUGAGGCACGGCGUCUUGCGCCUGGCUGGGAUGUCUAUGUGCUCGAAAGCGAGUGGCGGUCGUGGGUCCACGACAAGGCCAUCGACGUGAAGGACGCGGACAAGCAUUUCUUGGCGUUCUGCAAAAAACGUGGCGCGUACAAACACUAA